UUGAAGCUCGUAUGUAUGUUUCCCUCUGGCCGGAGCUCUACUACAGGCGGAAGUUAUAGGCGCUUGUGUUGGUGAACAUCUCCCGUAAUGAGAAAGUGAAAAGCAGCCUAAAUGAUAAACAGCAGGCGUUUGUGACGAUUUUAACAUCACAUUUAUGUGGUGGCUUUAUUUUCUCUUCUUGCAUUCACAGACUGCUGGUUAUCGUCAGUAAAGGCAGACUGGAAUAAUAAUUAAGUUUGAUGUCUGCUCAGAUGGUCAGAUCGUGAAGCUCUCACAGUAACUAACACAGGCGGGAGCAGGAGAAGAAACAUUCACUUUAUUCAGCGAUGACUCGGGUUGGGUUUAACAUAACUGCUAAAUCACGUAGGUGACUUCCACAACAGUUAACCUAGUGGAGCCUUUUAUCUAUCUUGGCGUUUUGCACUGGAUUUACAUUGUAAGUGACAGAGAUGGCAGACAGCGAUCGGGUGAAGCACGACAGCUCGAGCUCGAGCCCCGGACCCAGGAGGAAAAGGACGCAGCAGUCGCCCGGUUCAAAGGCGCGGUACUCGGUUAACGCUCCCGGACACCGCUUUCGGAGAGUGACCCUGACCAAACCGACCUUCUGCCAUCACUGCAGCGACUUCAUAUGGGGGAUUGUCGGGUUUGUUUGUGAAGUGUGUAACUUCAUGUCACAUGAGAAGUGUUUGAAGCAUGUCAGGACCGUGUGUUCCUGUAUGGCUCCCACACAAGUUCGGGUUCCUGUAGCGCACUGCUUCGGUCCCGCCGGUCAGAAGAAGAGGUUCUGCUGUGUUUGCCGGAAGCAUCUGGAAGGUAGUCCGGGUCUGCGCUGUGAAGUGUGUGAGCUACACGUGCACAGCGACUGUAGCCCGUUCAGCGUUAGCGACUGUCGUGUCUGCCACCAAGAUGGAGGGCAAGAUGUUGACACGUUCCAGCACCACUGGCGGGAGGGGAACAUGUCCUCAGGGGCCCGCUGUGAGGUGUGUCGUCGCACCUGCAGUUCUUCGGACACCCUCGCUGGCAUGAGAUGCGAGUGGUGCGGUGUUACCGCACAUGCAUCAUGUUACAUAAUCAUCCCCCCAGAGUGUGGCAUGGGACGGUUGCGGAACAUGAUUCUUCACCCCAGCUGUGUGCGGAUCUGCUCGCGGAACUUCAGCAAAAUGCACUGUUACAGAAUCUCGGAAAAUUCCCAACACAGCGAGAUGGAUAACCUGGAUGAUGUCGAUACUCAGAGUCCAGUAACUUCAAAGGAAACUCAGUCUAUGGGAUCACCUGACACGGGUAAACAGACGCUGAAAGUGUUCGAUGGCGACGAUGCAGCGAAGCGGAAUCAGUUUCGUUUGGUUUCAAUCCCUCGAAUAAUCAAGAAUGAGGAAGUAGUGGAAGCAUCGCUCAGAGCAUUCUACAUCCCAGAUGAACCGCAGGAUUACGAGCUACAGAGUUACAGCCAACAGGGCCUGUUUAAAGAUGACAUCAUCAACCGUAACGGCUUGCCAGACAACAAGUCCGUUUUUAAGGAUACAGUGUCUGAUUCUUGGCUGCUCAGAUCAAAACCCAGAGAAGUGGAAGUGGUGAAGAUUUAUCCCGGCUCGCUCAAGGUUGGAGUCAUCUCCGUUACCGCUGGGAAAAGCAACACAGUAGAAUCAAUCUUAAAGGAAGUGCUCUCACAAAUAGGAAAACAGAAUGAAAACCCUGCUGACUUCAACCUUGUAGAAGUUUUCAUGAGCAGCAAACAAGUGCAACGGCAAGUCCUCAGCGGUCAGGAGAUUUUACUGGACAAACUGCAGGAGAUACGGAAGACAUCGUUGCGACAGAUGAAUCAGACACGGUUUUACAUCGAGGAAAGCAGGAAUCGAGUGGCACAAGUCAAUCUACUCUUGGGAGGCUUUCCAACACAGCUUGACAGAGAGGAAUACACAAACCUGCUCUCCGAACACCUCGCAGUCAAAAGUCAUUUGGUCACCAUCACUCACGUGUACUCUGGACAAGGUGCAGUGGUUCUGCAGAUCAGCUGUUUCUCAGAGGCGGAGAGGAUUUACAUGCUGGCCAAAGACACAAGCAUCAGCGGCAAACAGCUCUUCUCACUUGUCAUACCUGAGAUCAUGCAAAGCAAGCUGGCCAAAGGAAGUAGCCCCCUGCUAGUCUUUGUCAAUCCUAAAAGUGGUGGAUUAAAGGGCAGAGAGAUCUUAUACAGUUUCCGGAAACUACUAAACCCUCACCAAGUGUUUGAGCUGACCAGCGGAGGACCACUUCCUGGGUUGCACACGUUCAGGGACGUCCCUCACUUUCGUAUCUUGGUUUGUGGAGGAGACGGCACAGUGGGAUGGGUGCUGGGGGUUCUGGAGUCCAUCCGGCACAAAAUCACCUGUCGAGAGCCAGCAAUCAGCAUUAUACCAAUGGGCACCGGGAACGAUCUGGCUCGGGUGUUGCGAUGGGGGCCAGGCUACAGCGGCGAGGACCCCUACAACAUCCUGCUGUCUGUGGACGAGGCAGAGGAAGUGCAAAUGGACCGCUGGACAAUUCUUCUGGAUGCACAGGAAUUGACAGAGGAUGGCGAAGUGAAUGGCUUCCUUGAGCCACCCAAGAUUGUGCACAUGAAUAAUUAUUUUGGGCUGGGAAUUGACGCUGAGCUGAGUCUGGACUUUCAUCAUGCACGUGAGGAGGACCCAGACAAGUUUAAUAGCAGGUUCCACAAUAAAGGUGUGUACGUAAAGGUGGGCCUGCAGAAGUUGAGUCACACACGAAACCUUCAUAAAGACAUCAGCCUGCAGGUGGACAGACAGGACUUGGAACUGCCCAGUAUAGAGGGACUGAUAUUCCUCAACAUUCCCAGCUGGGGUUCUGGUGCUGACCUGUGGGGCUCAGACAGUGACUCUCGGUUUGAGCGGCCCAGGAUAGACGAUGGGAUGCUGGAGGUUGUGGGAGUUACUGGGGUUGUGCACAUGGGUCAGGUUCAGAGUGGGCUGCGCUCUGGGAUUCGUCUCGCUCAGGGCAGCUACAUUCGUAUCAGUGUGAACAAACCCAUUCCAGUGCAGGUGGAUGGAGAACCCUGGAUACAAUCACCUGGACAGAUCAUCAUCUCUGCUGCGGGACCAAAGGUGUGCAUGCUGAGAAAGUCCAAGGCCAAGCAGAAGAAACAAUCAGGCAGUUUGAAGGAAGGCAGUCCAGCUCCCAGUGACGGUGGGCAGUGACAAAGCGCACAAACAUUUCAUUGACAGCCCUUUACUGUCAACUUGACAACAUUUCUUUUAGUCUGUGCUCUGUUCUUUGUUACGUUCUGGGUUGGUAUCAAUGCUACUUUAAUUACUUUAGCUGAUGUAUUCCGUAUUACACUGACAUCUCUAUCAUCUCAUAGUCAAUAGCGGUCAAACCCUGUCUGACAAUAGCACUGCAGUCUGUUACUCAGGACUUUAGCUGCCCUCAGCCUGGUUUUGCCUUAGAUUCAAACUGGUGUAGAUAUAUAUAUAUUUUUUUUUUGAUUGCCAAACUGCAUCUUGUUUUCAAAGGGGAUAUUGUCUUAAAGUAGUCACUGAAAGGCUACAGCGCAUAUUAAUAAGCAACCAGUAGUUAAUCACAUCGUGUGCAUCACAAAUGCCAUAAAAUACACUUUUGUGAACAUCACCAAGUUAUGAUCAUUACUCAUUACACCAUAUGGUGGCCUUUUUGGUUUAUGGUACAUACUGUGACUCACCUGGUCAUUUUUCAUCUUUAUAAUUAUUACCUUUAAUGUCUUACUCGAAGUUUAUUUGCAAUAGCAGCCCUUUAGUAGCUUUCUACAAGUAUCUGAACCAAAUAAAUGCAGUAUAAAUGUACAAACAACUCCAUUAAGAGCACAUUUGAUUGUAUAAGUGUGUCAGGGAGAGAUUGUUGUCUUUGUAUUUCAGUUUUGUAGCUUUCUCAGCUGUGAGACUGUAGGCGCAAUCAUGCGCCUCACCAAAACGUGCGUAAACAAAUUUGGCGUCAUCACAGCCGUUUUGUAAAAGGCGGAUGAAUAUUAAUAGCUUUUCGAACAUGUGUGGUACCGAAAAAUACUGUGAAAGAGUUGUGGAUUUUAUGAAGGAUGCAUGUUUGUAAAUUCCCUGCGAUGUUUGUGGACACAUGCACCACUUUUGGUGUUAAUCGUAAUAUAAUGGCGUAUGAUACUUGAUAAAACACAUUCCAUGCAAGAUCACGUAGCAUAUGUGGUAUUUAACAUGGUGCCAGUUAGUGUAACUGGAUAUAUGAACCUUUAAGCCAACAUAGCUUUAUCAUGUUCUGGUGAAAGCAUUGAUUUGUAAGUAAAUACAUUUGUUACUGUUUCUGACAUAGUCGUGUAAAGUUACUCAUC